AUGAACGCAUCGAUUGCCGUGCUCACUCUCACCUGUCUCUUCAAAGUGUGCGUAGCGGCCCAGGUAAGUGGUUCCGGUGAAUUUCACCCCGGCUUGCUGUUAAUUGACCUUCCCAUCGAAACAGCCGAUGAUGGAAGAAUAAAUUACAUUUCGCUCACUGGAAACGGAUACACCGAUAGCGAUCUGCCUUCGGUUUCGUCGGCCUCGCCGAUCGGCGAUGCUGGCGACGGAUUAACGCAGGGGCUCCUCCGGUGGACUUCCACGGCCGAGGCGAAGGAUCUGCUGCCACGGUUGCUGCGUAGGAACCCGGAUUUGCUUGACAGUCUGAGCGCCGCCUUGGCAUCCGAUGGCGAGUUGAUCAACGAGCAGGAUAAUAUGAUCGAUCAACCGGACGAUGUCCUUUCGGGUCAUCAUGCCAAGGACGAGGGAUUCUUCGAAGGGUACGAUUCGAUGCGAAACUCGUACCCGAAGCGGGCACCGACAGGAUUCACCGGGAUGCGAGGUCGGAGGAUUCCUUCCGGAUUCAAUGGUGUCCGUGGUAAGAAGUCCUUCUACAGCUGGAGAAGCCACUCGAUCCCGGGCAGCCAAAACUCGUACAAGGAUGGCAAACGGGCACCGUCGGGUUUUCUAGGAAUGCGUGGUAAAAAGAGCUUCGACAUGGCGCAGGAUCAGCGAUGGAGAAUGGACGAUCUGUUUGCCAACGAUCCACCGAAGGAAUACCCCAGCUAUUUGAUACUAGACCCAACGCUGGGACCCUCGCUGCACAUUAACCCAGCGCCUCCGAAACGAGUUCCCAACGGAUUUAUGGGACUUCGAGGAAAAAAGGACUGUUGUUAAAUAGGCUUUCCGGUACAGGAAAUGGCAACUGCAAAGAUCGCAAAAAGGGAACGAAAAAUCGAUGGAAAAUGCAAAUACUGUCAGCGUAUCAAUAAUCUCCUAAUUAUCGUCUACUGGUCGAGCAUCUGCUGUUAAACAUAUCAUCGUGGUCAUCAUUAUCAGUGCCGGGCGUGGUGGAAGUGGUAGCAGUAGUGCCAACGGAGCAGUAUUAUUGGAACAUACUUUGCGUUCUGUCGUUAUCUACUCUCUAACUACUCUGAGCACCGAUAAAACGUGUCCGUGUCGAUGAUGGCAGCCCAUCACUCUGC